CGUGAUCGUGAAUCACUAAUAACGACUUAUUAUAAAAUUUCUGUGGAAAAAAAAUAUAAAGUGAAAAAAAUAAAGAACUACACGCAAAACUUUGAUUAAUUGUAAGAUGCAUAACCAAGAAAUGGAUGAUGAAAAUCAAAAUGCAGUUUUAGCAAAAAUUGCAUCAGAAUCCGAAGCAAAAAUUAUUGCAAAGCAAUAUAAACCGCCUAAACCUAAACCAUCACUGCCAUCAUCCUCCGGACCACCGCCACCACCAUCGUCCUCCGGACCACCGCCACCGCCAUCGGCCUCCGGACCACUGCCACCACCAUCGUCCUCCGAACCACCGCCACCGCCAUCGUCCUCCGGACCACUGCCACCACCAUCGUCCUCCGAACCACCGCCACCGCCAUCGUCCUCCGGACCACUGCCACCAUCCGAAGUAAAAAUUACUGCAAAGCAACGGCCUAAACUGCCAUCGUCCUCCGGACCACCGCCACCGCUAUCGUCCUCCGAACCAUCGCUACCACCAUCGUCCGUUGAAUCAUCAGAUCCUGAGACAACAUCAAAAUCGUCAGAGCUUGCACCAAGACCACCACGAUGGAAUAGAGGAGGACGAAAAAGAAAAAAUAAUAAUCAUGGACGGGGACGUGGACGUGGCCGCGGCCGUGGUCAAGGAGCUUCAUCAGUCAUAUACAUAAAUAUGCAGAAUUAAACCAUCCGGCAUCGAACUUGUUUUCAAGUUGACAAAACGGCUAACCUGCUCGCCGAGCAAAUCAACA